GGGAUGAUGAUCUCUUCAUUCAGUGUAAUUUUACUCUAGCAUCAGAAAGUUACGCGCACGACCGAGUCUGUGAAUGUCUAACCACGUGAAGACAGUGAAAAAAGUGUACUUCUACUGCCAGCAAUUUUUCGGUUGCGUCUGUUUAAUGCCUCCUCAUCGUUGCGGCUACCGUUGAGACUCCAAAAUGCUGCAAAAAGUGUGUUAAUAAAUAGUGUUUAAAGAUCACUGAACUUGUGGACUAGUGGUACUGCCAGAAGAGACCAGAAAAAAAACGUGUGCUGAGUCGAGAGAGGGGAAAAAGUUGAUGAUUUUCGUAAUUAUUGGACCGGCUGCAAUUACUGUCGUGGGACCUGAGAAGAAAAAAAAAACAGAAUCGACGUGAACGAGUGAGUCAGUUUGAAGCUACGACGUGACGAUUUUUUCAUGGUGUGUCCUUUCGAGAUCUGGAUGUUUGGCUGAUUAUUUGGACUUUAUCAAUAAAGAUCCAUGUGAAAUAAAUGCUCAAUAUUUGCGCUUUUACCAAAUCAACUAAGGAAGGCUCAAAGUUUUACAUUGCACAAUUUGUGACGCAGUUCAACUGCAGAUGGCGCAUAGACAUAAGUCGCGAUUUGACUCAACACCGAUAUCAUAGUCUCCAUAAGUGCUCCUGCCAAGAAAAUGGUCCCGGUGCACUCGCCAGCUUCUGUCACAAAAGAUGAACAACCAAUUCAAUCCCCAAGAAGUGGCACGCAACAUUAAAACUCUGCCGCCGAGCUGCCAAAAGCUCACAACUGGAAUGCAACAGCGAUGGAACAGGGCAAUACCAGAGAGCGAUUACAUUCAACUUGGGACGUUACGCUACGGAGUACGGCUAUCGAAUCCAAAUCUUGCGAAUGCCGCAUCCAAUGAUGACAACGGGAAUUCCCUAGCAAAAGCCAAAAGUACGCAGCAAUCCCGAAUCUCGUCUGAUUCGUACGAUCAGCAUACAAACGGAAGUAGCAUUCUCAGCGCUGGAGGCACUAUCAGUAACAGUAGUCGAGCUUCCAAUGAGAGCUGCUGUUGCAUCGGAACAAAUGGCAUUGAAGCACCUUGGAAUAGUGGGUAUGUGCGAACACGUUUGCCUGUACCGAACAGUUUGGCUAAGAAUAGAAAAUCGUCGCCCUCAACAUCAACAUCAUCGUCUUCGUCAUCCACCACUCAUCGGCAGCUGCAUCAAGCUCCUCAGAAGCAAACUGCUACACAACAAGGAAGCAGAGAAAAGUUGCAGCAGAGUACUACAGAUUUAUUGAACAAUUGCAGCAACAAUAAUACCAACGGCAGCACCUUUGCAGGUGUUGAUAAACACAAUCAGCAACGAGAGUCUUCUCCUGCGUCGGUAUCGGGCGUGUGCUGUUACACCAGUAACAAUUUCAGUAGCGCUUCCAACAAAAAUGCUAAAAAUAAUAAUCUAGUUAAAGUGAGUAACAAGUACUCGGACAGCAAAAAGCUGAAGAUAGUGAACAACAAAGGUGAACACAAGGAUACAGUGUUGUCUUCGUCGUACGCUGAAGAGAAUCGAACCAGUAGGAAUCAUCGAAACGGUUUCGGUUAUGGUAGUGAUUCGCGAAAUUUGAGUGAAAAGUGGUCGUCGGGCAUUAGUGGCGAAUAUGAUGCCGUGAAAAGUAGUGCUCAGAAACAUGGGGAUUUUUCUUCGACGGAGAUCAUCAGUGCGAAAGAACCAUUAAGCCGUGGCGGCAGUGAAGUCAGUGUGAAGAAAAACGAUGGCGAUGAUUUAAAUUUAAAUUUCACAAACGCACAGCCUCAGUCAAAAGAGCCACGGUUGAAAGAUGUGAACAUAAAUAAUUUUAAGAAAAGGAACACAUCGACUUAUGGUGUGUAUUUUGGACCGAAUUCAAGUGUGGGUCGAACGGGAAUUAACAAUAAAAAUAAUAUCGGGAAAAAUACCACCACAAGAGGCGAUGAGAUUUGUACAGACGACUUGUCCUCGUCUUCGUCGUUGUCGCCUAGGUCACCGCCAUAUCCUUUGCCGCUACCACCACCACCUACUGUAGUUGCGGAGUCGUGGUUAUUCAACGAUCGCGUGAAGCAAACACCACCUUGUUCACCGAUUCCGUCGUGCUCCGGUUCAUUCAACAAGCCCUCGUCACCUUUCGAGACGACGACGACACGAACGGAAUCAUCUCCGUUUGAUUUCUCGCCGCCUGGCACACCCCAACAUACGAGAGUCCGAGCUUUCAGUGAUUCAAACGGUUGCUCCGUAGAAAACAAUCAACGCCGUAUUAAUAGAUCAGCCGUACAGCAUCAAAACAAACUCUCUCCCAAGAAUCACACCAUCCCAACUACAGAGAACGAGAGGGCUUAUGACCAACGCAAAAGUUCCCUUCCUGUUAUAAAUCACGCGAGUGUCGUGCGAUCACAACCUUAUCGAAAGUUUUCCUCCGAUAUAAUCAGUCCUGAAAGUAACGGUCCCCCUUCUCCUGUAGUGAUCUGCCAACUCACACCGAAACUAUCUUCCCGAGGUUCCAACGCAGAAGUUCGACUGCAAUCUCUCAGUCGUUAUUGCGCUCAAAAUUUGAACUCAAACCCCAUCAACGAUAGUCCGGUUGCAAACGAAUUGGAGGAAUUUACAUUCAUCGAUUCCUCGGAUAUCUCGUCUACUGGAGACGAUGCCAUCACAGUGAUCAAUGAAGAAGAUUAUCGUGAAUAUCAUAAAUACCUAUCGAUACCGAAACUUGACGGAUCUUCGGAUGGAUUAUGUCCCAGUGGUUAUGAUAGUUCGCAAAACAGCAACCACUACGGAUACGGAUGCUCGUCGGACGAGUUAAGCAGUGUGUGUAGUGGUAGUGAUUCAGUGCCUACAUUGGUAGUAAACAAUUUCAAAGAGGAAGCAAAACGAAAUUUCCACACGGUAAAAUAUAAGCAGUGUAACGUGACGCCAAAUUUGCAAUCAAGUGCCUGUGCCAUUGAAGAAACCCACCCGAGUAAUUUUCCAGGUUCAUCUUCACCGGUUGAUAAUGAACAGAAGAACGCAUCCUCUGUCAGUGCGCAAAGUGAUAGCAAUAACAAUCAACAUUUGAGAAAUACCAACGAUGAGCAGAAAUGCAAUCCUUCUAAUAGCAGGCACGAAAAGAAAGACGACAAAUCGAGCGGUAUUGCAGCCAAAACUACAUGUACAGAUCAGCAUUUUUCGAAGCAAUCUGGCUUUAACAAUAUUUCGCCGGAUAACUCUUCUAGUAGUUUGAAUUGCUUCGGGAAACAUCAACUGCAUGCUAGGUCAUCGCCUGAAAAGCCGAUAAUGGAAAAACGGAACAAUACUUUAGAUCGACUGCAAAAAUUAGUGAAGAAAACAACAUCUGGGUCGAGCGACAGUAAAACGAGCGACAAGCAAGGUGGUACUAAAACAGAACGUCUCAGAGAACUAACUGAGCUUUUGAAGGGAACUCGUGCACCUCCGGUACCACCUCCAAGACGACCCAAAGCGUCUCAGAGUCUCGAUAAAACCUUCGAACGACAAAAUACAAGCAGUUUAUCAACUGCUAGUCUUUUGAAUAUAGAUGCUUUGCGAGCAGAUAACAGUACUAGUAAUUUAGUGAAAUCUAAAGAAUCUCGAUCGAUUGAUUUUCCCUAUCAAUUCGUUGAAGGUAAUCGUGCCUCCACUCCAAGUUCUCCUCUAAGUGAGCAUAAAACUAACCUCCGUGCUAAUGUGAGCACAUCAAAUUUAGAAAGUUUACAAAGUUCUGCUACCAAAGAAACUAAUGCCAUCGCUGAAACUCCAAGCACAGCUUUCAAAGAAGACGAUGACAUUUUUACCAAGCUAUCUAGACCAGAAUCUAGAACUAUAGUUGGUUCCUACACUCAAAAAACAAUUCCAUUCCGAAGUGCUUCUUUUUCUCAAGUAGAUUAUUCAUCUGGAAAAUACAUACGUUCAGCAUUAGGUGCCAUAAAAAACAGUUUAAUGCGUGGGAAGGAGGGUUCUGCAGUGGAUAAUGUAACGCUUCCGAGAAAUAAGAAAGAGUUCACGCGAAGUUGCAGCCCAGCACGGUUUUCAUCUACUUUAGAACCUGGCGUAUCAUUUGAAGAGAAUGGUACUUCAAAAGCCACUUUGAAGAAAACUGAACUCAAUAUCAAUCUAUCCCCACCAGAAAUCUUUGAGCGAAUUGAAGGUUUCGAUGGAAAAGAACUAUCGUCAAACAGGAAUUCCGAUAUUGAAACCAUCGUUGAAGACCCAGAAGCAGAACAUUCGGAAACUAUCGAAAAUGAGAAUACCAUACAGAAGAAAGCGGAAAUUAAUGCGGUUCAAGCUUCUGAGAUGAUACUGGAGCCACUAGUUGAAGAGGGAAUACCAAUAACACCACAGUCGUUGGCCAAAGAUGAGGAAUGCUUGCAACAGGCAACAACUUGUUUGAUACCAGUGCCUGUUUACGAUUGCGUGGUAAGUGAAUGGAGUACAGCACGACCUUCCGAGCAAUGGAUUGAUGCGUCUAUGACGGAGUGUAUUAAAUUAACGGAUUGUAUGGACAAUGAAUUAGAAUCCGGUGAAAAUACGUCUGAGUUGAACGAAGUACAUCUGAAUCCGAUAGAAGCAAUUGUCGUUGACAGUCCUCCUGAGAUUAUAGAGCUAGAAGUGCCGAAACUUGGGAAAGUUGAUGAAAUUGAAGAAGAAUUUGUAAAACCAGUUUUGAAUGAUUCAAUCAAUUUGAACAAGUUUGAAAAUGAAGAUAUGUGUACACCACCGGUUUCGAUCAUUUGCACAGAACCAGAUUCUGAUAUAUCUACAACAAUCAUUGAAACACCUCCCACUCCAGAGGAGUCAUCAAUAAAGGUAGAGUCAAUCGAUGGAGAAAUUGUUGAAGUACGCAAACGCCAUAGCAAUAACGAAGAUAGUGGUGAAGCAGUCAGUAAUUGCAACAGCGAAAUGGAAGAGAAACGAAGGAUUGAUAAGUCCAAACGGCGGAAAGGAAUUUAUAUUCAGUGGCCUGCGAUAGACACUAACUUAGAUCCAGAAUCUGAUUCCAAUGACAACUGCACUCCUGAUGAUAGCUGGCGACCAAGCAGACUUGCUAUUGAGAAAGAUUCCAGUAUAGAUCUCAGCGGAGAAAGUUGCACAGAUCUUAGUUCUAAGGACAUUACCUCUUCACCAGAGAAGAUAAGAGAUUCCAGUAUAUUGCACGGACCUGACCCAUUUCUUCUAGGACCCAAUACGCCAGAUUCAGAUAUAGUACGGCCAGAAUGGCCUCGGGGGUCACGUAGAAAAAGUCUAACCUACCAAAGCUCUGAUGAAAAGGAUGAUUCUGCGCCGAUGUCCUCGAUUCCAGUUCGGUCGUUCAAGAACAUCUUUCUACGUUCUGAUUCGGUGUCUGACAACGAAAGUGAGCGUGCUUCGUCUAGGGACCGCACGAGUGCAUCGCCAGCUCCUUCAAGCGAUCAUGAUUUGAGACGGUAUUCCAAAAGACCGCUUCGAGGACCCUACGGUCAAAUGCUGGAGGCGGAAAUGAAGAAACCAUCCAAGGUGCAUUACAAUGAAAUUUUGGAGGAGCUCGCUAGACAUGAAAGUUCUCACUCAUUUCCAUCAGCAUGUCGAAACCGUGGCAGCGGAAGUCAGUCUAUGGAUGAAACUAAUGAUCGUCAUUCGAGCAAACUCUUCAAACCGAGAAAGGCCAGCGCCAAUCUGCCACUUCCUAGUCACAGUAGGACAGCAUCAAGUCCUUCCAAGUUAGCAGAUUUAGGUGUUGAAAACACGCCCAAUAGUAAACGACAUCUUGGAAAUAUCGAUCAGAGAAGCACGGACUCUGAUAAGUCAGAGAAAUCUCCGAGCAAGCUGGAAAACAAAAAGUUUUCCUUAGACAGCCAUUUAUCCGACAAAGGUUCCCAUCAUCAUGAAAAACACAGCAAACGCAGUUCGGGAAACUGUGAAAAACACCAGAAACGCAGUCUUGACGAUACUAGAUAUUCGCAAGCCAGUCGCACACCAUCUGAGCGUAGUUUCGCCAUUGGUACGCCAGACAAGCCGAAGAGUUUGGUAGCUUCCCCGGAAUUACUAGCCGAAUUAUUGAAAGGGUCAAGCGAGAAACUCAUAACAGAGCAGCUAACAGGUGGCGCCAGUCCGAAUAAUGCCAGCAAUGCACUUCCCACAGCUGUUCUCAAGUGCCUGGACACACGAACACACGUGGUGGUAGAGCUUUUCAACACUGAAAAAUCCUACGUCGAAUCGUUGCAGACAAUUGUGCUGAAAUAUCUCAACCAACUGAAAUCACCCGAAAAUGCUGGUCUAGUGGAUACUCAAACCGUUGACGAAAUAUUCUUCAUGGUCCCUGCAAUUCUCAAUAUCCACGAAAGAUUUCUCGAAGAACUACGACGAAGAUUGGAUUCGUGGGAUCCUAUGCAGAAAAUUGGCGAUGCGUUCGUUGAUGUGUUCUCGAGGCCGGUCAUUUUGGAUACGUACACAUCGUUCGUUAACAACUGGAACCGGGCCAAGGAUGCUAUACGCACAACUCGACAAAAGUGUCCGGCAUUUGCACGAUUCCUUGAGGCGAUGGCACGCGAACACAAGGGCAAACUGUCCCUCGACAAUUUACUUAUCAAACCUGUACAAAAGUUUCCAAAUUAUGAAUUAAUAUUAUCAAGACUGAUUAAGCACACCGACGUUGAUCAUCCCGAUCAGAAGCCAUUACAAGAAGCUUUAAAAUUAGUACACGAUAUCUUAAUGUUUCUCAACUGCAAGGAAAAGGAAGCCCUCGAAAACGGUCAGCGCGAAACGGCACUGCGUGAACUGGAGGGCGUAAUAGAAGGCAUGAACGACCUGGUGACCCCAGAUCGUGCCUUCUUGCUAUUCGAUCUCGUCUCGAUGCCAUCCGGGCAAGCGACCCGGAAGGAGCGUGGAUUCUUCCUCUUCAAUGAUCUGUUAGUUAUAACCAGUAUUAAACGACGUAGCGGUACAAUCCGGAAAACCAACAUGACGUGCCCUGGCAGCGUAGCGUCAACCCUGGAUACAAACAAAUAUAAAUUCCUGACCAAAAUUUCGUUGGACGACUUAGAAAUAGUGAAAUCAAAAGAUGAAAAUAUUCGUCGCAUAAUGAAAGAAAUAGAACAUUUGUCGGAUGACUCAAACAAGUUAACACAAAUAUUCGAUUUGGCUGCCAGUUUGAGAUGCCCACAUCAAUUGUUGGAAGAAUCUAUUCGAGAUCUACAGCGGGAAGUGCAACGGCAACUAUCUGAAAGGCAAACAAACGAUACUCAAUUAAACAUACUGGAACUAAUGCUGAAUUCUUCGGGUGGUAUCCAGAACAUGACGGUUCUAUUCUCCAAACCAGACAAACGAGCUCAAUGGGAGGAAGCCUUCACGGAGGCGAAGCAAAAGCUGGCAAGUGCCCUGGAACGCUGCCAGAUCCCGGAGUUUGUGGUAUCGGUGCCGAUCAGGAAAACCAGAGCUGGUCUCCAAUUCACUUGUGCCUCCCCGACGCUUGGCAUCCAACGGGAUGUCUGGGUGUGCAAUAGCGAUGGCUACGUCGGCCAGGUUUGCGUUCUGAGUCUGGUACCGGAACCAACGGUCACUAGCUGUAAUGGUGUUUGCAAUGCGAGAAUCUUGUGCGUUGCAUCCGUCCCUGCUUCCAAUGAUAGCUCUUCUAGUCAUGCAAAUGCAAGCAUCAAUAUUUCCAUUCAAGAACCUCCAGCAUCCGUAACAAAUGCCAUUAACUCAAUAGUCAAUUCCAAACCACGAGAAAAGCGAAGACCUACCGACGGUUCCUCCACCGAAAGCAGAAAUUCCUGCAACAUACAACUUGACUCUGAUAGCUCCAGUGAAGACUCGGAAACAGAAAGUCAGCCUGAACGGGCAGUUAGUCCUUCUAGUUUAUCUGCAGUGGCCAAUGUGACGACCAGUUUGCCAAUUGCGCACAGACACCAGGAAUCGAAUUCCGAAGAAACGGAUGCAUUGCAAUCCACUAUGUGGCUCGGCACCGAGGAUGGGUGCAUCCACGUCUACAACUGUACUGACAAUAUUCGUAUCAAGAAGAACAAAAUCAAAAUUCCUCACAUAAGCGCCGUCUAUUCCAUACUGUACUUAAGUAAUAAGGUAUUUGUCUCAUUAGCUAAUGGUGACGUCUGCAUCUACUCGAGGGAUCACAACGGUUGGAAUACAACUACGCCUUUCACUGUUUCGGUGGGAACGGUUACGAGUCCCGUCACAAAGCUACUCAACGUGCAUGGUAAACUGUGGUGUGCUAUUCAAGGGUGCAUCAAGGUGUUAAACACGACAACUUUACAGGUGGACAGUCAAAUCCAAAUAUCUAAUGAUUCAAAACCAAUUACAAACAUGACAGUAUUAGACGAGUACGUGUGGAUAUCAGUGCAGAAUUCAGCACACAUCAAAUGUUGCCACCACGAAAGCUACGAAGUCAUUUUCGAAGUCAACCUAGCUCCGUCGGUAAAUAAAAUGCUAUCGAACUGUGAUGACAUUAUCAGACAACAUAAGGCAGCUUGUCUACGGGUAACAUCGCUACUGGCCUGCAAAGAUCUGAUAUGGGUGGGUACAAGUGCUGGCGUACUGCUCACAAUAGCAGGAUCGAAUAUUACCAAAGGAUCUACUCCACCCGUGGUCACUGGCAUACCCCAUGGGCAUACAGGUCAUGUGCGGUUUUUGACUUUCGUGGAAUCUCCUGUUUGCGGCAGCACUGAUGAUUUACCCAAACUUAGCGAUAGUAAAACAGAUAUUGUCAAGACUAACACGAACCGAACUUUGUUGGUGAUAUCAGGUGGUGAUGGAUACGAAGAUUUCCGUAGUUCCGGCAACAAUACGAUGAGUGAAAUUGCUGGCCGAGAAGAUAGCACAAACCACUUACUACUUUGGCAUGUUUAAGUCCUGUGUUUCCCCCCACCGACAUUUUUGGCGAACCAGUAGUACCAAGUACUGAUAAAACAUGUUUCAGUUUUUAUCCUUUUAGCUCUAUGUUUGGCAAGCUGGACUUGCCAGGUGUAUUAUUUUGCUUGAAGAUCGUUGUGCUCAACAUCAUUCAUUUGUAUAAAAAAGCUAAUUUAUUUUUAUAUUGUACGACAAUAAAAUCCCGAAAUGGGACAACAAUUCCAAAGCAGAAAUAGUUUUUUGACAAAAUGAUAUUUGUAUGACUUUUCGGCAUAGUAGCGCAGUACGUAAAUGUGAAUAUGCAUAGGAAUUGUUAAAUAGUUGGUACAGCGUUCAAAUAUAUUCAAUGGCCUAAAUCUUGAUAAAAUCAUCAUUCAAAUGCCCAAAAACAAGGUUUCACCUGUCCUAAGAUCCUAAGAGUUUUGCAUGUAAAAAUUUGUAUCCAUUCGCACAACUAAAUGUCGAAUCUGUGAAUAUUCAAACAAUACUAUUCAAGCUCCUUUUUAUAACUGUUGAAGUAUUACGUAUACUCAUCAUAUAAACGUUACUGUAUUAAAUGCACUUCACAAUAAACACAUUUUUGUACGACUUUUCUACUUAUCACCAAGCCAAUCAAUCUCACGCGGUUUACUUCGUAAACCCAAAAAUUUGCUAUACUGUCAGAUAAUAUCCGUUUCUACAAAAUUUCUAGCAUUCUAAAGAAAAUGUUCCCAAAACUAAUUUUGAACGUUAAUCAUAUGAAAAAACAAACGUGAUUGAUACAGCGUUUUCGCAAUAUUAAACAUUUAUAGUGAAUAUUCCAAGAAAAACAAACAUAAAGGUUCAACGUAUUGAAUAGAAAAAAAGAUCAUAUAUCAAUGUUUAAAUACCUGAAUAGUAACACAUUAUUGUGUGACAGAGAAACCUAUAUUUAGCGAAUAUUUAUCGAAUUGUACUUAGCAAGCUAGCGUUAGUUGAACGUUAAUUUAUUUACGAACAAACGGACACGCAUACAGGAAUUCAUAGCAUUAUACACGAAACAUAAAGCUGUAACAUGUAUGGAGCCAUCAAUAAACAAAGAAUUGCUGUUAUAUAAUUAAA